GACAGUGAAGCUGAGUUCUAACGAGAGCUAGGAGCGCAGGAGGCAGUGGAGAGAGGGGCUCCAUAGCGCCCACCCUCCCUUUGGCUCCUAACCUACCUCGCCGGUGGCCUCCUGGUCUCUCGUGCUCUCGGCCACAAAGUUCACAGCAUCCACACAGCAACGUAUCUCAGGGGCUGCAGCGCCCAGACUCUGGCAGAGGGCAGCUAGGUAGAGAGCACACUAGGCCUGGGUCAUUAAGAGCUUCCCCUAUUGCAGGUGCCCCUCUUGGCCCGCCCGGGGCACUUCUCACCGGUCCAGGUCCCGUGCCGGUGCCGUUGCCCCUCAAACACCAGCUCGCUCCGCGGCUUUUUCAGGAUCAGCUCCUCUGCGCGGAGCAGUAAGCCCACAGACGACGCCCGCCUUGGCGGCGAGGUGGCCCGGGGCGCGUCCGGGAGCUGGCCUGAACCCAGCAGGCGCGGCAGUAACUCCAAUAAAACCUAGCGCGGGGGCGGGGAUCAGCUCGAAGCUCCUCCUCCCAACCCCGCGCUCCCCGCAUUCCCGCCCCACUCCGCGGCUCUCACGUGGCGCAGCCGCGGGGAUGUGGCAUGAGUUGUGGGCGUCCGCAAAGACACGUUGAGCACAAUGACGCAAUUCAUGACAAUGAGAGUAGCAACCACCAUGACGAAAAUAAGAUACCUGAGGAAUCCGGAAUGCACUGACGUCACAGCAUCCCGAUUUCUCUGACGUCACCACCUCUCCACUCCCUCCCAGUCGAAGAACACGCUAAUGUAGUCCUCUGACCUCACAAACACACCUCUCCGCAAGGGGUGGAGUUACGCCCCCUAGCUGCUCCCCUCAGCGAGGCCGGAGGCUCCCCGGCCCUUCUGUCCCUCCUAACAUCUGCCGCAGUCAUGAAAGGGACGCCCAGCAGCCUGGACACCCUGCUAUGGGUCUACCACUUCCACAGCUCCACCGAGGUGGCCCUCCAGCCCCCGCUUCUCUCUUCCCUGGAACUUGCUGUGGCCGCGGCCCAUGAAUAUCUAGAGCAGAGGUUCAGACAGCUGAAGGCCCUGGAGCCGCAGGAGCCACCAGAACCCGAGCAUCCGCCCUCCCCGAAGCCCACCCUAAGGCUGGUGCUAAAAGAAGCCGCGGCCAGCAUUAUGAGCUUCGGUGCCACCUUAUUAGAGAUCUCAGCUCUAUGGCUGCAGCAGGAGGUGCGGCGACUAAAGGGUAGCGACAGAGGCCCGGGUCUAACCCCACACGCCGGGGAUCCGGGUGGAGCGCUGACCCGGGUAGCCCUGGCUGCCGGGCAGGGGGCUUGGCAAGCUAAGGCUACAGCGGGCGCCAGCGCCCGGCUCCUGGUCCAGGGGGCGUGCCUGUGCCUGUGUGGACGUGGUCUGCUGGAAUCCGCCGCAUUCCUGCAACAAUGGCGACGCCAGCUGGGCCUUGCAAUCCCCGGGGAACUGAAAUACUCAGGAGAUCUCAAGGUGGCGUCCAGCAGCAGUGAGGAAGACGGGGGACCAGAAACAUCAUCAUUGGCCCAGCCCCACCCCGAGUCCAAAUAAAGCCCAGGAGGGAAUGAGACAGCCAAAGCUCCUCCUAGAGCCGCUUGGUUUGGGCCGCGCCCUUACCCAUGGCCGCCCUUUGGCUCCGCCCCCAUCCCAGUCUGCCCCUCCCCCAUUAGCCCCACCUCGGCGUGGGCAAUGUCAGGACUCACUCUGCGG